GCGGCGGCGCAGCGGUCGGCGAGGGCGGCGAGAUGGAGGGAGGCGUGCAGGUCGACCGCCGCGCUCUGCGCAACCAGCUCUUCCUGCUGCUGGAGAAGGUGCGGCCGCCGCCGGGCCAGGAGGCGGCGUGGAGGAGCGGCGGCGGCGGUGGCCGGGGCCUCAGCCAGCGCAGUGGAAAUGGAAAUGUUGGGGGCGGCGGCGGUGGUGGCGGUGGUGGGGGCGGCGGAGCGGGCUGGCGCAACGGCGGUAUUGCGGCGGCGGCCGCGGCAGCUGUGGCUGCAGCGUCGGGGGCGGGCGCGGCGGGGGCAGCAGGGUCAGCGGGGUCAGCGGGGUCAGCGGGGGCGGGGGCGGCGGAGGUGUGGGGUGACGGCGGGGGAGGAGUGCCGGUGCCCGGUGUGCAGCCGGCGCAGUACGGGAGCUCUGCUGGUCGAGCCCACCCGGGCAUAGCAGCAGCAGCAGCAGCAGCAGCAACAGCAACAGCAACAGCAGCAACACGGGAGGGGCAUGCAGGUGCCGUGGUAGGCGUCGCCCCGCAUGCCGCGGCGACGGCCGCGGCCGCGGCGGCGGCGGCGCCGGUGGCGGCUGUAGCAGCGCCUGUUGCGACUGAGGCCGCAGCGGGUGGUGGCAGCGGCAGUAGCAGUGGCGGCGGCGGCGGCACGACGACGGCGGCGGCGCCAGAUCAGCAGCCGUCUGCGGCGCGGGCUGCCGAUGCGGCGGGGGUGGGAAAGCGGCGCCGAGUGGUGCGGUUUGCGGACGGCGGCGGCGAGGAGUGAACUGGACUGGAACAUUUCGUAGAUGAUGUGCGCGACGCGGUUAUCCGGGUGCUGUGUGCAGGGAAUCCAUGCGGCUGCGAGUGUUUGGGCGGCAUAGCAUGACUGGUCUAUAUGGCUUGCGUGCGGGUACUUCAGCUUUGAAUGAAUGCGCACACCGUGGUCCAUGCAUUGCUGUUUGCGACACAGCGACGGUGGCGCAGCUUCAGAUAUGGUGCACUGCCGCGAAGCUGUGGCGCUGGUGGCGGGGGUGGUCCUCGUCUGCACCGUGUUCUGUGGUGGGACUGGAGCGGCGGGCGGAGGGGCUUGCGGUGCGGUGCGGUGCGGUGCGGUGCUGUUGUAAGCAUACGGUAACGCAUCGUGAUCGUUGCAAGCUACGCAUACUGUAACGCAUCGUGUAUGCCAGGGUAGGGUGACCGUUGCUGCGGGCCGGUCCUGGCCGUUUGGCCCACCCCGGCCGGCAGGACUGGCACGGUCCUGGCUGAAGUACCCUGCUGGGGACGUACGGUUGGUCGGUAGCAUGUGCGCGUGUGCGGCGCCGUUGUGCUUCCUGUCUUGUGCUGUGAAGUGACAAAUGAGCGGCACGACAAGCUGGGCUCAAUCCUUCCAUGUAAGUCUUUCAACCA